ACAAGAGUGUGUCUGGUCGAGGCUGGUGGAGAAUCGGAUCCUCCUGCACACUGAGCCAUCUCUUGUGUUGCUCCGCCAGCUGAUCGUGUGUGGCAUUCGAUCCCUUGUACCGCGGGGUGGCCAGCGACCCGCCAUCACCCUGCUCUCCCCUUAUAGUCCCGAGGAAGGGGGAGAGAGAAGCGGACGUCACCUCUUCCAUUUUUGCCAAUUUUGCGCCAUUUCCCUGCCGUCCUCUGCCCCUUGAUACCCUCGGGACUCACAGAAGUCUAGUGCCGCCGCGCCGUGUUGUGAGGGACGCCACGGGGCACUUGCUGAGGGUGGAGAGGACGGCAAACAGGCGCUGUGUGAGGGUGGCUUAGUGCGUCCCGCGGAGACUCGAGGCGCUGGGACCUUUUUUCUCCCUUCUCUCCUCUCUCUCCCCCCUAUCUUCCCUCCCUCCGAUGAGCCUGUGAGGGCAGCCACAGAAAACCCAAAACUCCGCCAGCCAUGUCUUCGGGGAUAAUCGGGUGUCGGGACUUCGUGGUCGGGGGAAAAUACAGGCUGGUGAGGAAAAUCGGCAGUGGCAGCUUCGGGGACAUUUACCUGGGCAUCAACAUCACCAAUGGAGAGGAAGUGGCCAUCAAGCUGGAGGCCAUGAAGGCACGCCACCCACAGUUGCUGUAUGAAAGCAAGGUGUACAAGAUCCUUCAAGGGGGUGUUGGCAUCCCACAUAUCAGGUGGUUUGGUCAGGAGCAGCAAUACAAUAUCUUAGUGAUGGAUUUGCUGGGACCUUCACUAGAGGACCUCUUCAAUUUCUGCAGUCGCCGCUUCACUAUGAAGACCGUCCUGAUGUUGGCUGACCAGAUGAUUGGCCGCAUUGAGUUCAUCCACAAUAAGAAUUUCAUUCACAGAGAUAUCAAACCAGAUAAUUUCUUGAUGGGUAUUGGGCGACACUGCAACAAGCUCUUUUUGAUUGAUUUUGGGCUGGCUAAGAAAUACCGUGACAACCGGUCGCGUGCCCACAUUCCUUACCGGGAGGACAAGAACCUCACUGGCACUGCCCGUUAUGCCUCCAUUAAUGCCCAUCUUGGUAUUGAGCAAAGCCGGCGGGAUGACAUGGAAAGUCUUGGAUAUGUGCUGAUGUACUUCAACCGGGGAUCACUACCUUGGCAGGGGCUCAAGGCAGCCACUAAGAAGCAAAAAUAUGAGAAAAUUAGUGAGAAAAAGAUGUCAACUCCUGUAGAGUCUUUAUGCAAGGGCUUCCCAGCAGAGUUUGCAAUGUAUCUGAAUUACUGUAGGGGACUGCGCUUUGAUGAGGCUCCUGACUACAUGUAUCUGCGGCAGUUAUUCCGCAUUCUGUUCCGCACUUUGCACCACCAAUAUGACUAUACCUUUGAUUGGACCAUGCUCAAGCAGAAGGCUGCCUCCACUGCCGCAGCCGUCUCUGGUACUACGCCCCAGCCCCCUGCCACCCCGGGCACCCAGAAGCAGCUCUGAGGGCCCGGCAGCUGAGGGGGCAGCAGCAGCGGGCGGAGGAGGUGGUGCAGUGCAUGAGGAACCGAAGGAGGAGAAAAAAGAUGGUAACAGAUCACCACCCUCACCCCCAAGUCAGAAUACAAGGAAGAAGAGGAGGCUGUUAUCUUCUCCAGAGGGAGAGGUAAUAUAACUGCCUGCCUCAACCAGAGAGUAGUGCCUCCUCCCCCACCCUCAGCAAGUAGUAGUGGCAAGGGGGAUUAAUCAAUGGUAAUUUUACAGUGGUGGUGUUUGGUCAAUCAUACCCCUUCAGUGGUGGUGGUCAUUAUGACAGAAUAAUGUAUGGUUGACACUAAUUCUUAAAUGGCAGUAAUUGGGCAAUUGCAUAAGGGCAGUUGGUUAACAGUGAAACAUAUGAUAACUUGACAGUGGUGACAUGUUGUAUAUGCAGCAACAGUGUGUGUAUGUGUGUGUGUGUGUGUGUGUGUUUGUGUUUGUGUAAGUGUCUACACUUGCUUGUGUGUAUGUGUGAUUGCUGUACACAUGCCACAGGGACAAGUAAAAAGAUUUCCCAGUUUGUGAGUACGUUUCCUGCCUGUUAGGCCAAGAAAGUUGUGUCAAGCCUGUGAGAUACAUACAUGAAUCAAGUUUCUCAGUGCUGACAAAACAUGCCAGGUAUUUUAAGGAUAAUGUUGAUAUUCUUUUGCCAUCAUAAAGACAAACACUUCAAGGGUAAUGUUCAUAAUCUUCCGCCAUCAUUACGUCUAAGGUGGUGAAUAACAAAGUUGUGGCAGUGCGUAAUGCCACAGGCACUUUUGGGUGUCACAUAGUAUGUGUCGUGUUCUGUCCCAUGAGCUAGAGGAAGGAGGGAGGGCAAGAAGAAGAGACUUUAUUGUGUACAUAUGUAUGAGUGGCAUCUGUUUCAUCCUAGAGGGUGUGUAUGCAUGUGUGUUUGUCCGUUUCAUCGAGUAUGAGGUUGUGUGCAUGUAGAUGCCAUGUUUGUUUAUCUCCUGUCUAGCCUCGUCUUGUUUACUCUAGCAACAACAAAACAAUAGUGAAAUAUCUAAACAUGACCUUCCCUCUCCCCCUCAACAGCAUCCUCCUCCUGAUGUCAUGUAUCAUGAAUUUGUGGAUAUGACUUGACAUUUCCCACCUUUAUUUCUCAAACACCUGCUCUUUCCCUACUAUUCCCAACACACAAAAAAAAAAGAUAAAGUAAAAAAUUUGUGAAAAAAAAAUAUUCACUGCAAGUUCUUAAUAAAUAAACAAAAUAGGCAAGGGUAAGAUUUUUUUAUUUAGUUAUGCUUUUUGUCGUCUUUUAAGUUUUAAGGAGAAUGUAAAAUAAAAAGUGAACUCUGCAGUCUCUCUGUAAGUUCAGUAGGAAGUCUUUUUGGUGUGCGUGCGCUCUUUAUUUUCUUUGCUCUGCCUUUCGGCAAAUGGAGGCACUAUACACAGACAGAUGAACAUAAGAUUGUAACCCAACAAGUAAAUGCAAACCUAGAUGAUGGUUUGGUAAACCUGGAUUAUAGUUUUGUCCAUUGUUUAUUUUCAUAGGUGGAAACACCCAUAGAACUGAAAGGACAAAAAGUUCAAGUUCAGUGAAUUGAGUUUUUGUGAUGCCUUGAUAAGAUAAAAUUGCAUGUAUGUAUUUUCAUUUAAAAAAAUUCAGUGUCUCAUGAUUAUAUUGUCUUCUGCAAAGAAGACCUGAUUAAAACAUGGUAUAAAAGAAAUCUCAAGAACAUGCUCUCCUAUUAUGUCGUGAGUUGCUUUAUGUUUUUUCCCACCUCUGAUUUAUAUACACUGUUUAUAUAAAGGUUUCAUUCAUCUUCAGUCAGUCAGGUUGACAAGCACCAUCCUAUUUUGCUUUCAGUUGCAGUCGUGCCCAUCACCUCUUUAUUACCCAAGGGUUAUGUAGUUGUUUUGAGUUUUGUGAAGUCCAAUUCUUGCUUGUGGAGGCACCGAGAAAGCGGUGCUUGUUGAGCGGACACUCCCAAACAUGGACAUGUCAAGACCCUAUGGCACUUUGUAUUCUAGAAUAACCCUGAGUCAUGCAAUAACUAAUCCAGGUCAUCCCCCAACCCCACGCUGAUAAAGUGGGACUCAUUUGACAGACUCCAAGCUCUUUCCAAGUUUGGGUCUCUGUUCAGAGUCUAUUUAUUCUAGUGACCUCAGUGUAUUGUAAUAAACUUGGGUCACAUGAACCCCUAGCCCUUAUACUUGUCAGUGUGGUAUUGAGUAUUGGUUCUGAGAUAGCCUGGUCAAUGAACUACACAAGCUACUUUGUACCAAGUGGUCCAGGUUUGAGAGUAACCGCUAAAUAUCUCUGUAAUUUUUUUCUCAGCGUGUAUGACUUCUAACUUGGAUAGAGGAUUAAACUAUAUAUAUGGAAUAAGAAAAUAUAUAUAUGUAUACAUUAUAUGGAAGUUAGUUGGGUAAGAAGAAAGCAAAUUAUGUAAUGUAAGGCAACUCCUUGACAGUGAUUCACAAGCGGUGGAGUGUAUAACCUUUGUUUUUCCACCGUGAGUGCUGUUGCCUGUGUGUGUGUGUGUGUAUGUGUGUGUGUGUGUGUGUGUGUGAGAUUGUGUGUUUGUGUGUGUCAGUCUGUGUGUGUGUGCAUGUGUGUGUGUGUGAGAAAAAAAAUUUAAUGUUAUACUUUUCUUUUUUUUUUCCACAAUUGUAUUUUAGAAGUUUCCAAGGAUGUAAAUGACUUCACAAAAUUCAAACCCUCAUGUGUAUAAACACACACACACACACACAUGCACACACACAUGCACACAUGCACACACACAGAAAAGAUAUAGUAUAACCCCAAGUUUGUCUAGAAGAUAUUACCCAAAUACAGAUUUUACUACUACAUAGAGAAAUAGAAUGAGGGAAUUGCCACUUACUAAAUUGAACAGAGCAUCCCAUAGGGUUGGUUUGCAACAUAUAAUUUAUUUUUAUUCAUUCGGUUGCAGGCAAAUGCCUGUUGUCUCACCAGACCAGCAUCAGCAGCUUAAUUUUACAUAGAAGCUUUUAGGCAACUAAUUUAUGUCUAUAUUUACCCUGUAAUGCGAUCAGUCAAUAAAAAGUGGCAAGAACUAGAUUAUCUAUCAUGAUUUAUUUACUGAACAAAGUUGUUUGGUGUUGGUGUUUACUGUGCUUUUGUCACUGGCCCCGAUUUAAUUUAUCUAUAGGGAAGGAGUCACCAAAAUGUAUAGGAACUAGAAAUGUCAAAGUAAUGCACCAGAAAGUUUUUUUUGGGGGGGCCAUAAUUGUUUUGAAAAGUUUUUAAAAGUUAAUAAAAAAUUGUAGUUUGGUAAAGAAAUAGUUUGGCAUGCAGAUGAAUAAAUUUAUGAUAUAGAUAAUAAGCCUCUGUCGUUAUUUAUACAGCUAAAAUAGAUUUCACUGGAUGGAUUUUUCUCAAAAUAGUUUAUGAAAGUAGAAUUUUCACAUAAUUCUCCAGAACAAUUAGAUUUAUGUAUUCUACAUACUUGACGAAAUUGGGAUUAUACUACAUUUAUACACGCGCACACAGACACAAGUGAAACUUCGCUCUUAUUAUUUUUUACUGAUUGAACAAUGCUCCUCAUUUCCCAGUCAUGUGAAGCUGUAGUGGUUGCCUAGAAGUGUAGACUAAUAAAAACGGAAAAUUGCUAUUAA